AUGUGGGAGAGGAGGAUUCAGGAGGAUGUUGGAAUUGAUUGCGUCCGCCAUCGCCUCCUGACAGGUGACCCUCGUUAUUGGAACCUCAAACAGCUGAGUUGUACGAUGGCAGGAGGAUGGGGAGGACGUGUCUCUGGGCUGCUCCUCGUUUUCUCGGUGUUGGGGAGUGUUGGAGCUAGUAUUUCGGAUUUACGGUUAUGUGCAGAUCCAGAAUGUAAAGAACGGAUAUCUAAAGCCAUCACAGUGAUUGGCUAUCCAAGCAAAGAUGAGUACAUACUGUCCUUCCCUGUCAAUACAGAAGUUACUGUGUACAGUAAAGAAGCUGGUACAAACAAAGACCUUUGGGGAGUAGAGAUUAAAGGAAAGAGAGGUUAUGUCCCAAAAAGAUAUCUACGAGAAACAAAAGUUUUUGUAAAGAAGCUGGAAUAUGAAGUGCCAACAGAACUAGGAGCAAAUGUGCCUGACCCCCAAGAUAAUAAGCAGGUUGAAGAACCGAAAUCUGAUAACUUGAAUUUACAGCAUGAAGUUGAACAGCAAAAUGAUGAGCAAGUUGCAGAUCAGGUGGCUGCAAGUGCUGAGGAUAUAGAGUUUCAACGUGUGACAAAAGGCUUAAGUCAGGAAGAUAAACAAAAAGAAGAAAUACCAGAUGAAGUUGUAGGUAAAGAAGAGAAAAAUGUGGAAGAAGCUCAGUCCUCCAGUGAAAAGUUAGAACAGGGAGAGGAAGAUAAAGAUAUAACAAAAGAUGAUUCCCCAACAGGUGAACCAGCACCUGAAGAUGGAGAAGGUAAAGGAAGUGAAUCUGAGGAAGUGGAGGAGGUGAAAGUGAAUGAACAAACAGGUGAUGAUAAUGAAGGGUCUGAAGAAGUGAAAGAUAGAAGUAUUGAUGACAGCACUUCUGUUGAGGAAGACCAAAAAGCAGUGGAUCUUGAAGUAAAAUCAGAGAGUGUUGAAAGUACAGAUGAACGAAUUGACUCAGAAAAUGCUUCCCUUCAGAAUGAGUCACAGGAACAAGCUGAAAGUGAAACAGUGUCUGAUGGAGAGCCAAAUCCACUGGAAACUAGCUCUCAGAAUGGAGAUAUGCCUUCUCCAACUCCCACACCAUCGUCACCUGAUUAUGAAGUUAUUGAUGGCACUACAAUAUAUUUUGAUGACCCACCACCUGUUGAAGUUCCAUCAGUUAUAGUGGAGUCAUCUAUUCACCUUGACUCUUCUUCUGUAGUAAAUGAGGAAUAUUCAUCUGUACAAACACCUCCCAUCGUAACAGAUACUUUCACUGUGACUGAUGUGAAUGCCAUUGAUGUAACUGAGCCGACAGUCACACAGAGUCUAGACAAUGCAGCUUCUGAUGAAUCAGAGUUGGAGAGCGAGACUGUAGUGCGUGAUUUAAAUCCAGAGCCUACAGAGAGUGUAACACAGCUUUUCACAGAUCAGAGUGAUAUUAUUUUGGAUGAUUCUAAACCAGAUAUCGAUCCUACUUCAUCAUCUUGGAUUGCUCAAGCUGCAACUUCUGUGACUUCUUGGUUUGGUGAAUCAGGUGAAGUGCAAGAAAAUAGUGAUUUAGAGAGCACGAAAAGUGAAGACAAUGAUGGAGAUGCUCAGUUACCAUUGCCUGAUUCAAAUGAAAAGGAUUCGAAAGAUGAAGAUAAAUCGGACUUCAUGGUACCAAAACCUGAGUCAAUCAUAGAGGAAGUAGUCACUCAGGAACCUGAAGCAGAAGAGGAAAGUACAGGUUUCUUUUCAUCUUGGUUUGGAAGUUCUGAAGAUACGAAUGAGUCUGAUAACCCCUCAACAGAAUCUGAUUUUGUGGAAUCUGACAGAGACUCUCAGGAUAACAGUGAUGUAAAGCUAAAUGUGGUUUCUGAGGAAGGAAGCCCAGUGGAGUCAGAACAAACUGCUGAUCCUACUGUGUCUUCUGUGCCCUCCGAUGCUGAAAAUACCCUUGUAGAUCAGUAUGAGCCUCCUGCUUCUGAUGUAGAUGAUACAGCUUAUAAACCCCAUGCAGUACAAGAUGGCCCUCCCACGGUAGAGUCCAGUCCUGAUGCCACAGUUGUGCCUAACCCUCAGGCAUUCACAGAUGACCUUACUUCAACAGAUGACACCCUUACCCCUAGUGAUGCAUAUGAUAAUGCUGAAGAGGAUUCAGAUCAGAGUUCAGAAAAUGUGAAUGUUUCUGCAAGUGACAGUAGCAGUAAUAGUGCUGGUGUUACUGGUGAGAGUGUAACUAACACUGACCUUAACAAUCAACCAACUGUAGAUACUGAAGCCACAAGUGUAGAAUCCCCUCUGUGGUAUGGCCCUCCCACGGUAGAGUCCAGUCCUGAUGCCACAGUUGUGCCUAACCCUCAGGCAUUCACAGAUGACCUUACUUCAACAGAUGACACCCUUACCCCUAGUGAUGCAUAUGAUAAUGCUGAAGAGGAUUCAGAUCAGAGUUCAGAAAAUGUGAAUGUUUCUGCAAGUGACAGUAGCAGUAAUAGUGCUGGUGUUACUGGUGAGAGUGUAACUAACACUGACCUUAACAAUCAACCAACUGUAGAUACUGAAGCACAAAGUGUAGAAUCCCCUCUGUUGGUGUCCUCCGAUGUAGAAGAUAGUCCUUCAAGAGUUGAAGAUAGUCCUUCAGAGCUUGACGACGAGCAGGAAGAAUUAGGGCCCAGUACUGCACGGCCACUGUUUGCAGAACCAACUCCUAGUUUAGACCCUGAGAACUUAGCACAUCUCGCAGGUUUAGUGUCAAAUGACACAGAUCACCUUAUUUGUGCACAUUUUAGAACUGAUGACUCCUUCCUUAAAUUACUAACAAACAGCAUUAUAGGUCAUAACACUCGUAAGAGAAAUGUUCAUGGUGCUAUCAAAUUAAUUGAGAAACUCUUUACUGAUGUUGGUCAGGAGGAUGUAACUCCUGAAUACUUUGAAGAAAAGCUUGAACUUUUAGCACAGAGGGACAGUGUUCCAAGUAAGACCAGUUUAGAUCCAAAUUGUUAUGAUGAAGUUCCUGAAGCUAAAGGAACAAAUAAUAAUGGUAUUCAAAAUAGGGAAGAGGAUGUACUUACUGUAGAUUUGCCAAAUUCUUUAUAUAAAGUGGCAGAUGAGGAAAAGCCAGAGAGUUUUUUAAGGCAACUAUCUCUAUCAGAUCAAAGUGACAUUUUUGGUGAAUCACAAGGUUUUGUCAGUAAUUUUAAUUCCUUAGAGAAGAAAAAUGAAAUGAAUAAUGUUGAAUAUCAGGAUGAUAAAAGUGAUACAAUAGAAAUGCCCAAAAUUCAGGAUCAACUAUUGCUCACAUCAUCUGAUGAUAAAGACAGUAACUUUCUGUCCAAGUCUUUAGAUAACGAAAUGGAUUUAAUUUCUAGUAAGUCUUCAGUAGAGCCGGGGAAUUCUAUUUUAAAUGAAACCAUCACUUCUUUUGGAAAUGUCAUUGAACAUAAUAGUGAUGUCAUACCACUUGAAUCUGAAGAAGUAACAGCAGACUAUGAGUCUCAUGAUGAAGUAUCUAACAGUAUGAUUGUUGAGAAUUUUGAUACACAUAUACAUUUAGUGCAUGAGGAGGAUACUCAGUCAUCCAAAGUUUUUGGUGAUGAAGUAUUGUUACAUCAAGAUGUAAUUAGAGAUGUGUAUACUUUAUCAAGUAGAGAGAUUGUCAAAUCAGAUGUUUUAAAUGAUGCAGUUGCAUCUGUCAGCAAAAUCAAUGUAGUUGAUACCAUCACAGCUGAAGGAACAAUUGAAGCAGAUGGUGCUUUCACAGUUGGAACUGUUGGUGAGGAAGUUGAUAUUUUUUCUACAAUAGGCUUAGAUGAAAUGAUACAUGAAGUUCAUACCCAUGUAGCUGAAACUACAGAUGAAAUUUAUAUUGUCUCACCUGAGUUUGUGGUUGAGGAAGUUGAUAUUGUCUCACCUGAAUCUGUAGUUGAGGAGGUUGGUAUUGUCUCAUGGGAAACUGUAGUUGAAGAAAUUGCU